AAAUGUAGCCAAUACGGGAAGCCUAUUAGCUGUGUUUUUUUCCCCUCAAAAACCGUUUGUCGAUUUAUUUAAUAUUUGAAAUGAGGGGAAACGGUUUUGUUUUUAUUCAGUUUGAGUUAAAAAUAAGAAGGUGAAUCAUACCUGAGCGACGCAAGGAUUCGCAGAUGCCUUCAACAUCGAUCACCCAGAGUUAUUCAAGAAGAACACUACUGAGGAAGCUUAGAAGGCAGAAAAUGACCCUGAGUUCUGAAGUGAAAGACUGAAGGUGAAUGUGUCGGUGUCACCUCCAUUUCACCUGUGUCCACACUUCAGUUUCCAAAGCCAGAUGGAUUCCUAUAAUUUAAACUUUGAGAAAAUGAGCAACCUGGACCUGCACCCUCUGAGCCUACCAUUGAGUCGGCUCUCCCCAGCCAAGUCCACCAGCAGCAUCGACCAGUUCACAUACCACCACGGCAAGGGCGACUCGGCCUACAGCUCCUUCUCUGGGGGCUCCAACGCCCCAGACUACUCCUCCCCCUUCUUUCCAGAUGACCUCCAGCACCACAGCCUGCACUAUGCCGACCUGAAGUAUGUGAAGGCCAUCUACCACCCCAACGUCCUCGACUCUGACGCCAAGAGCAUGGAUCAGCUCUACCGCUCCAUGGAGGCCAUCUCAAACCAGUAUCGCAACAACAAUGGCUGCCUGAGUGCAACACAGUACUGUGAUCAGAAUCAAGAAAAGCUGCCACCCCCUCCUCCUCCGCCCCCCGACCGCCUGGACAGCUUCAUAGCCACCAGGAACCUGGAGAACUGCAGGGCGCAGCACAGUCCCGAGGGCCAGCUGGCAGACAGGUCUCCUCCACGACCCCGGACAGAUAAUCCUGAUGCUGCCUGUCUCAGGCCUGACCUAGUCUAUGGUCGUAGGGCCUCACAGCCCUAUCACAGGGACACAGUCAACUCUGACCACACGGAUAAGAACCCUGAGCAGCAAACGUCAAGAAACGUCUUAAGCCGGUCACCCCCUCGCACGAGUCAGCCAGAGCAGCACCCUAAUCAGCAGGCUGGUAGUGCCGGUGGAGGCCAUUUGGAGGGUCACUGUAAGAGCGUGCAAGAGCCCAGCGGGUCCCUCCUGCCGGAGCCACCGCCAUCUGCCAUCCCCUUGCAUGUGGCACAGAACAUGGCCAACAGCAGCAUCCAACACAAGGGCCAGUUCUACUUCGUUACAGGUGUUUGUAAGUCGUCAGAGUCCAGUCUGAACCAUGGUUCUCUGUGUGUGUCAGAAGGCAGUGAGAGCCCUGUGUCUGAGCCUGUGGACAGGGAGAGGUUGCACAGCACCAUGGACCACAUGUUCAGGAACACCCAACAGAGGAACUCUAUCACCCAUGACACCACAAAAAACGAUGUCAGGGAGUUUUACACCAAGCGUCAAGAUAUAAACUCCAGAAGCCAAGAUGAGGCGAAACAGAUUCAGAGUAGGAUUUCAUAUGGCCCCGCUCACAUUUUAAACCGGCGCUCCCACAGUUCAGAUGCUUUACAACAAAGUCUCAAGAUCCAGAGCAGAGAGAUCGGCAGGCAUCACAGCCCUAACCACCACAUCUUCUCCUGCGGCCCAGAGGAGAACUGUCCCCUGUUAUCAAAUUCCCACAACCAGGAAGUCCCUCCACCAAUUAGCAUGGAGCAGGCCACCCACUACAAGAGAGACGAACAAGUCAACGCAGGGAGGAGGCGGCCAUUAGGAGGCGUUGCCAGCCAGAACAUCAACAAGGAAAACACCCCGCUGCUGUACCACCUCACUGGAGCCAACAGGGCGGGCCUGAAUUUGAAUUUGAAGCUCAAAAAUGACAUUGAGGUCGGUAUGCAAGGUGAAGAUGCAGGCCUCAAUGCUGCUCAUCAGGAAAGGCAAGCUUCCGUUAGCUGUAGUGAUAGGACAUCACAGGGUGAAACAUCCAAGGAGGAGAGCUCGGAGGCUAUCGCCCACCCCUGCAACACGCUGGAUGACUCCUUUAACAAGUACUACAAGGAGAAACUGAAGGGAGCCCAGGAUCAGGUCCUCAGGGAGACCUCCUUUAAGAGGAGUGACCUGCAGCUGUCCUGGCCCCACAGAGUGAGGCAGAGUGAGCUCAGGCCCACGGUACUUCACACAGUCUCCUCUUCACAGGACUCUGAGACCUCAGCAGACACACUCACCCCGUCCCCAACACAGUCUGAGGGGACAGAUAAGGAGGACAUCAAGGAAAUGCUGAAGGAGGUUGAGAAAGAGAGGCCAGCGAAUGUUGCCCAGCCUCAGUUGGCUCGUAUCGGGGGCAGGAGGCGUCUGACUCCAGAGCAGAAGGAGCUGUGCUACUCCGAGCCGGAGAAGCUGAACCAGCUGGGUGACUCAGGUGAAGUAGGACUGCUGGUACUCUCAGGCGAUGAUGAGGAGCUGGGAGAACAGGGCCUGGUGGCAGCUAGGAGGAAGAUGUUUGAGACCAAAGGCAGGGCCCUGUCCACCUCCAGCCUCUCCAAGACCUCCCUGCAGCACCUCCAGCACAAGGCCCUGGUGGCCUACAUGGAGCGCAAAACGGGUCUCAAGGUGGCUGAGCCCCAGCAGCCUGCCCCUCAAGCCUCUCAAUCCCCCAAACAGGGGCACUCCAUGGCUGAGAAGCCAUCUGACUGGGGUCCCAAGCCUCAGUCUGGGAAUAAAGGAGGCCCCAAGAAGAAGCUGUACAGGCCCCAUUCCGCUGGAUGUGUCCUGGACUCGAGCUCCAGCUCCAUGAAGCAUGCCCAGUUCAGCUCCUCUCAGUCCAGAGGUCAUUCCCACCAGGCUAGCUGGAGAGAGUCAACCAGCCCCUCUCAGGGGAAGUCUGCCUCUGAGGAGAGUCUUCUGGACCAACCAGAACCACUUGAGUUGUUCAGAAACCGCUUCACCUCAACACCCCAUGUAUUUCAGGGUCACAACUACAUGAAUGAUCCCUCACCAGUCAAUGCUAUGGACACGUCCAGUGCUCAGACUCAGAGGCCAGUGGAUGAGGAGAGUGUGGUGGUAAGGAGAGACCAAGCGAAGAUUGUCCGGGUGAUGGGUCGGCGGGUCCGGAUGGUGGUCAAGCGGGGAAAGUCCUUGGAGGAGUUGGGUGUGUCCCAGGUCAGCAGCUCCUCAGUCCUCAGUAAGACCUCUGAGCAGCUGGGCCAGCACCACAGCAGGCAGGGAGCCCCAGGACCAGGCCAGGAAAAAAGCAGCGUACCGUCCUUCAGCGAGACCCAGAGGAAGCCCCUCUUCAAGCAGGACUCUGCACCACAGCUGGGCAGUAGGGAGAAAAGUAGGGAGAUGACAAAAAGCACCAGGGAGUCCACUACGUCUAACUCCCCAGUAUCAAACACCUCGUCUCAGGUCAGGGCUCGUUCAGAUGGGUCCCCUGGAUCAUACAACUUUGUCCCUUUGGUUAAAGAGGUGGUAGAGACCACUAGGCUCUCCUGCGACGUCCCACUCCCACCGUACCUUAAUGGUCAGCAGUCCAGUGAGAGAUUGGUCAAGUCCACCUCAACUUUUCCCUCCAUACAUACCCAUCCCAGGGGCACUGGCGGGAGCAAGACUGGCUCGAACAGUGUGAAAACCGCCCCUCCUAUACAACACACUAUGGAGAGAGAGCAGUCGGUGGACGAGCCCAUUGAGACUCUUCAGCCCGAGGCCUCUCAGGAAGUCUCCCUGAGCUGUGGAGUCACCACAGACCCGACUCUGUGGGUCAUACCACCUGAACCAGGGAGCCAAGUGGAGGAUGAGGGCCCAGCCCUUUCUGAUAAUCUGACCGAGGGAGAGACUCCAACUCUAGCCUGUGCUACAGCAGCUAGUGAGCCCCUUACAACUUCCUCCACCACACCAGUCCCUGACACUGACACCUGCCAGAGUGGAGAGGGCCAACACCCAGGAGAAGACAAGGAAACCGAGAAGGAGGGGGAGGAGGAGACCCCAGCAGGAGAGACGGAGAGCCCAGAAAAGACACCCACCACCGAGGAUACAAAGUGGGAGGAGCUGGUGGAGGAGGUGGUCACAACGGACCAAUCGCUGGCACGGGUGCUGUACCCGUUGACCAAUCGUAAGACGGUGCUGAUGCUGAUGGAGCAGCUCCUGUCAGAAGACACUCUGCUGAUGGAGGAGUACUAUAAGAAGAAGCAGAGAGACAUCAUGACACUGCAUGCUGCUGACGGGUGUCUGGUGGCCACUUCCUGGAUCAGCGGCUGUUACCUCACUGCACCUGGACAGAUUAAAAGUCACGUGUCCAUCUCUAAAACAGUGGAUGAUCCUGAAGCACCUCCCACAUCUCCUGUUGAUGAGAAAGUCCAACCCCAACCAGAGCCACAAAGCAAGAUGGAUGUCACAGAGAAGAAGAGGCUGCUAGUGACGUGUAUUGAGGAGCGCCUGUUGGCCUUGGAGGAGCCCCGUGGUGCCCUGCAGGUGGAGGUGAAGGAGAACGGGUUGCGUGGCGAGGCCGUGGAGGCCCUGGUUCGGGAGCACUGUACAGCGGUGGAGGUGGAGCGCUAUUGCCUGUUCGUAGGAGACUUGGAGCGUGUGGUUAGCCUGCUGCUGUGUCUGUCCGCCCGGCUAGCCCGCGUGCAGAACGCCUUGAGUACCGUGGACCAGCACACCGAAGCAGAGGAGAAAGAUUCUCUGGACAACCGUCACCGUCUACUGUGUAAGCAGCGGGAGGACGCCAAAGACCUGAAGGACAACCUGGACAGACGGGAGCAGAUGGUGUCUAACUUCCUGUCUCGCUGCCUGACAGCCGAGCAGCUCCAGGACUACCGGCACUUCGUCCAGACCAAGGCCUCGCUCCUCAUCAGGAUGAAGGACCUAGAUGAGACGCAGCGUCUGGGGGAAGAGCAGCUGGAGUCCCUGCUCAACACCCUCCCUCCGUGAGGACCACCACUAGGUCCCAAUUCUACUCAUUUCCCCCAGCCAUCCAUCACCUCUCUGGGCUUAGAGUCCUGAACCCCCUCUGUUUCCUCCAUCCUGGGUUGUUACCAGCCAGCACAAUCACAUGGGUGUCCAUAUGUAUAAGGAAUAUAUGUGUCUUAGAAGGGUUUUAAAGUUAGGACUACAAUGUGGAAUGUCCUGUACAUCACCUUGUAUCACUUUUCAUUUGAUGUCCUUUUCACCUCUGCCUGCAAUUUAAAAAAAGAAAAGAAAAGAUAUAUAUAAAAUAAGCUUUAGGAUUAUAUUCUGGCCUUGUGGUCUUUUUCAUCAUUCAUACUAGACUGUAUGUGUUUGUCAGAAUCUGAAAGAGGGUGAUAAAUGCUGUAUAUCUGUCAAAAUAGGCAGUAGAUUUAAUCUCCAUAUAUUUGUAGUUUUUUUUAAUGCAUUUAAAAUGAAGGCACUAUAGAUAAAAACCAAAAAGGUGAAUGGAAAAAAGCACUUUGAUAUGUAACUGCACAUUUCUGUUUUCUUUUGAAAACACUUAUUUCAAUCGCUAAGCCUUACUCCAGCCAAUGUUAUUCUUUUCCAACUGAUUUGUAGAGGAAUUUUCCGCAUGAUGGGGUUUUAUAUGGUACAUAAGCACAUUCAACGAGGCCGAUUAUGUACAGUAUUACCAGUGCUAUUUAGGCUACAGUCAUGUAUUGUGGUCUCACAAAGUUCCACUAAAGGGGUAAAACUCUUUUUUUUAAAUUUUUUUUUUAAUAUUUUUUUAAUGAAAUGAUGCAUUUCCAGUCCUGAUUAUAUUUGCUUGAAAUAUCUUUUGGGUCUCACAAACUAUGCUUACUUUAAAUGAUUCAAAAUGAAAUGCCCAAGAACUCUCCCUGUCGGUCCUCUACCUCCUUCCACCAGAUGUUUUAUUUUAGGCUGCACUCUAGAAGCAGUGACUCUGUUCUCACUCUAACAAUAUGGAAUCCCCAUGCUGACCUUCAAUGUCAGCCUUACCCAGAAAAGGCCCUCCUCACCAGGGAACGUAUUAUUUGUUUUGACUUGUGUGGAUUUGCACUACAAUAAAUCUUCAUUUUAGACAUUAUUUCCAUAAUAAUGAAUGUCUUGUGUGGUGUCGUUCUGUUUUGAUAUGAUCAAUGUUGUGGUUUUAUUAAUUUCUAUUGAAUAUUUGACCAAGUGAAAGCACAGAGAGCUGUUAUUAUUCUGUGUUUAAUGAUGAUCCAGCAAGGCUUACUUGCAGCACUCUGAUAUGUGUUCAUUGUGAGGGGAUUAGGAUGAGAGAAGCCUUUUCCUGUUGUGUAACAGUACCGUGAGUUUUCUUUGUGUUUGGUCCUUGUUUGUUUUCCCAAUCCUAUUCAUUCACAGAUAAAUAUUUUAUUGCUCUCCUCAUACUCUACAUACAGCUAGUUGAGAGAAUGCCAAGAGUGUAAAGCUGUCAUCAAGGCGAAGGGUAACUAUUUGAAAAGUCUCAAAUGUAAAAUAUAUUUUGCUUUGUUAGAAACUUUUUUUUGGUUACUACCUGAUUCCAUAUGUGUGAUUUCAUAGUUUUGAUGUUUUCACUAUUAUUCUAGUUAUAAUAAAGGAAAAACCCUUGGAA